AUGAAUUCACUAAACUGCCCAAUCCCGUGGCCUCAAGACAUCUCGUACAACAAUCCAUACGAUGGCGUUGAAGAUGAAUUGCGUUUGGAAUACUAUCAGUCCUUAUACCUCCCAAACACUGUUUAUUCACCGUUAGACUUUAUAAACUACUUGGAGAGCAGAGACGUUGGGUUUGAGCAGCUGUUUUUUCUCUACCUCCCUCUGCUUGAGCUUGAAAGAAAGUACAGAGUCACACUUACACCCAUUAUCAUCAACAACACCUUCGAUGAUAGCUGUCUCCCUCAGGGAAUACGCGAUAGACUUGAACUUAACAUCCUUAGAAGCUCAUAUGACAAACGCGUCGUCGAUCAACGCGUUUACAUUAAGAAUCUCGAGUUGUCCGAGAAGUUAUUACAGGUCUCCUUGCUACUUUAUUUGCUGGCUAGAUUGCCACCUCCUAACACCCACUCUGACACCAAUAAACCGCGAAAACGUAAGCGUAAAGUUAACGAACUUACCAACGAUUAUGACAACAUCAAUGAGAGGUUGGAAUUUGCAAUAGAUAGGCUGGUUUUGUGGCAGACACUCAACAACGCCCCUUUGAUACAGACUGAUGAUAAUAAGCAGCAUAAAAAACCAUCCAUUGAUCACGUGCAAAAGUUUUACAAGCACACCGUUGAUUUGAAGUUUAGAAAAAAACUGCCAAAGGUUUGCAAAGCAAUGAGGAUCAAGUGCUUUGGUGAUGAGAACAGAGAAACAGAAGUAGAUCUACCAGCCCCACUUUUACCAAUCCCUAGCACUUCCACCGCUCCAACUAGAUCAACGACCCCUCAGUUAGACAAUGUUGAGCGUGAGUCAUCAAUUGCUAGCGUCAAUCUAGAGAGAGAGCCAUCCGUGAAACGUGAAAGAUCUCUAUCACGGCAGCCAUCUUCUACAAUCAACAAAAUGUUUGCAAAUAGAGUCGUCGGUGUGAGUCGGAAGAUCACCACCGUCAAGGAAAAGAAGGAGGUGCCUUCGAAAGCACCUACUAACCCAUUUGAAGCUCUCUCUAGUGAGGCUAGCAUUUUAUCUAGCCAGCCACAUAUCCACGUCGAGAAAAAGUCAACACUUGUUUCAGCAACACCGACCAAGAAAGAGAAACAUACCCAACUCACUCAAACCAAGAAUAGCAAGACAGUGCUAGUAGCAGAUAGUCCUGCAAAGCUACAACCAGAUGGAACCGCUAUAGCAGAUAGCGACGACGAGUUUCAAGAAGAUGAUGUUAUUCCAGACACUCCACAGAAAAAACACAAAACUGACUCAAAACCUCAAGGGAAAAGAAUGCUUUUGAGUGAGCUUAACAAAAUAACUGAUUAA